GUGCCCCUCCUGCUGCUGUUCUGUCUGUGUGGAGGAGUGGCGUCCAUAGGUGAUUUUAAGGCCAUCCCUUUUGACACUAAAGAACACCUGAUUCCAUAUCACACCGAGGGACAAGGAGAAGACAAGGUAUUUUAUACAUGAUGGCACUGCCAAUGUAUGACAUCAAACUAUUCUAGAGGUUGUAAAUAAGAAUGAUCUUUGGACAUACAUGUUCCAUUUCCAAGUUGAAAUUUGACCCACUCAUUCCCCCUCACAGGAAGUUCCUCUCCUGCAAAUUCCUGUGGAGAUACAUGGCUCCGUCAAAGCUGUUGACUUGGCGAAGUACGGGGGGAAAAGGGGAUUCAUAGGAGGAGCAGGGGGCGGAAGGAGGAUCAGCAGGAGGAACGUUAGGGGACCGCUUCACCUCGUGGGCAAUGAUCACAGGGGAGCACCACCAUUCCCAUGGCUCCCACCAGCCCAGCGGCAGAGUGGAGGUGGACUACGGCAAGAGUGGAGUAACCAUGACUGGACAUGAACACUCAUACUUCUCCAGAUAUGGAGCUGGAGCUUAUGACGGGAUCGCUCUCUCCGAGGGAGUCCUAGAGGAGUACUACUCUGCAGUGAGUAUCUUAGAUCAUGAUCGUUUGAAGACCAGUAAAAGUAUUAGUAUUAGUAUUGAGAUUAUACUGAGUCGGUGAAAGUGAACUUCUUGGAUUACUACUUUGACAUAGGAGUUGAGGGCAGUGUUAUUGUAGCCAUUUUGAUUAAAUGUGUUAAUAUACUGUAUCUGUCCCUAUCAUAUGACCUUUGCAGAAGGCCAAUCAUGUUGCGCAGAACGACCAACAGAGAGAUGACCUACUGAUCUACGACUACGAAGGUCAGGGGUCACCGGUAGGCUCUGUGGGCUGCUGCAGCCUACUGGGGACUGUUGACGAUCUGGACUUCCUCAACGACCUGGGGCCCAAGUUCAAGACCCUGGCCAAGAUCUGCCAGGGGUCGAUAGCUAUGGAGGCAGAGACUGUCAACGUGUCUGUGUCAUCCCCUAGGCCUAGGCCUACCACAUCCACCCACACAGAGGUCAGCAGAGACACAGCUCUCAAUGUCAACACCCUGAACACCUCAUCCAUCACCUCCACCUCCUCCACCCCCCUACAGGAGAGCCUGGUUACUCAGGCCCAAGGAUCAGCCACCAUCCGCAAGGUUCACAUUCAGGAGAACAAGGUGAUGCCCAACCAGACCCUCUUCAUCCAGCAGCCCCCUAUGUACUACGCCGCUGCCCCCACCAUGUACGUGGUGGAGCCCCAGCCCCAGUUGGUGCUGGUGGAACAGAGAGGGGGAGGUGGUUAUGUCUGUGCCCAGCAGGCGGUAAGCCAGGUGGGUGUAGGGAUGGGUCAGGGGAUGGUGGAUGUAGGAGGGCUCCAUGGUUCUCAGGGCAUGAUGUUAGUGGAGAGGCAGGUAGGAGCGGGUGGUAGUGGGGAAGGCCAUGGUCAUGUUGUUAUGGGUGCAAGCCAGGUCUUACAGGGAGCGGACCACGCUAAUACCAGGGGAGGUCACGUUAUUACAGAGACGAGCCAAACCAUUACACGGGGUGCCCAGGUUCUACAGGGGCCAGGGCAGACCAUGAUCGGAAAAGGCCAUCUAUCGCCAGGAGGAAGCUUCUCACAGGGAAGCCUGUCCGGGUCCAGGAAAGUGCUUGUUGUUGAGAGUGGGUCCGGGUCAGCCUCAGCAGCAGGGGGCAGUGCAAGCUUAGGGGCUGCCCAGGUCACCAUGCAGAGAGGCCAGGGGUUAGAGGUCAAAGGUCAUAGUAUAGAAGUGAGAAGUCAGAAUGGUGCUUCCUCGUUGAGUUCCAGCUCCCUGUGUGGCACGGCGGGGUCAAACGAGGCCUCUGCUACUGCUGGCACAGUCACCACCACGCCCACAGCUGCACCCCGUAGCAGCAGCCACACCGCUGUGGUGCAAGAGAAGAAAAUAUCUAUCACUGAGAAAUACGUUGAGACCAGUACAGUGUCGUAG